GUGUCACCAGCUAGCGCGAGGCCGUGGGUUGUCACUAUGCGGCACAGGAAUGACAGGACAUAGCUGGAGGGGCACGGUGUUCCCAUAUGGAUUCAAACCUUACGGCGGGAGAAUAGAGCAUCACCGCCCGGCUAUUCCUGUCUGGGAGGUUUACUCGGUGUUCCGUACGUGCUGACAGCUAUUGCCGUUUAUGAACAAGCGAUGGGGUCAGCGGCAUGGUGUUAAGAGUGCAGGUCAACCCUGACAGUGGUGCCCUGGUCGGCACCGGGAUUCAUAAUACAGGCGUGCGGAGCAGGCGGGCCAAGGACUUCCCUGACUCCAGCCUUUAUAUAGUACCUAAGUGCGGCUCGGAUGGAAAUCCUCUCAUCUGCCUAUAAUCACUACAGUUGUGAUCCCUGAAUCUUUCGUUACGUAAUGGUCUGAAGCAGCAGAGAGGGCUCGCGGUGUUUUUCUUUUAAUUAGACCUGACCAAGGUGACCUCGUCAGGGAUGACCAGAGCUGCAAAUCAGUUGCGUGUGGUCGGCCGGGAUGACCAUUAAGUGGGUUUAUUACCUGUCAGUGCUUGAUGCAUGAGAGGAACUGACCAACCUGAAUAUUUCUUGACUGAUGGAACAUCAGCGAGGCAGACACAAGUGUUCUGAUGGACAGUUGCGAGGUUACGCAGAUGUACCCACUGCUAGCGCUCAGAAUGGGGAAGUAUAGAAAAAUGCGGACGUCCGGAAACCAAAGAGUCAAGGUACGACCGAGUGCAGCAGUUUUUUCUGCUGAUCUUUCACUGUAGCACUGGGACGCAAGCCAACCGGUCUGCACAUACAGAAAGGGAACUUGCAGAAGAAUCAGUUAUAUAUCUUGACGUCCACGCUCUAUAGUGCUGUAGUGUCGGAGCCAUUAUGUUCGGCGUCUCCCUGUUACGUUCCCUACAAGGAUCCUUCCGGACGUGUCAUGAGGCAGAGGAUGUCUCGGACACAGAGGACAUGGCAGGGCCAGACGACAACAACAACAGCAAGUCCAGGAGUGUCAGUCUUCACCAGAUCAUCACCAACGACCAAGUCGAACUGUGCGAGAUGUUCCUGAAUAAUCGCGCCCUAGCGGACAGACGUCCAACUGCAGCACAGGUGGGUAGGUACCUGCCAUUGCACGUUGCCGCCAUCUUUAGGCGCCCCGAAAUUAUGGAAUUGCUGCUCAGAUACGAAGUCCAGCAUCCCGACGAAAGAAACAGUCAGGGUAAAACAGCACUUCACAUGACUUUUCUGUACUGGCCUCGGUAUAAAAUUACAGACACGCAAGGCCACAGCCUUGGAGCAAGGGACGUUGAGAAAUGUGUGAAAUGUUUACAGGCAUUGUGCCGAUAUCAUGCUAAUUUCAACGCUAAAGACGAGUCUGGAAUGACCCCUGUACACUAUGCAGCAGCUUUUGAUAUCUAUCAGGCGAUUGGUCUCCUCUCUGAGGCAGGUGCCGAUAUGAACGCGCAGGAUUCAAAUGGAAGAACUCCUCUGGCCGUGGCAGCGUCCAUGGCACACCUCGACACCGUGCGGCAUCUUCUUGAACUGCAGGUGUCGGUGGAUGUUACAGGACGAGAUGGUCGCACCGCCCUGCACCAGGCAGUGGUGGCUUGUUCAUACAGACAAAGCGACGGGGUGGAAUGCGUGGAGUUACUUUUGGAAUCCGGAGUCCAACUCUCGCCCAGAGACCACAAUGGCGUGACGCCGCUCCACCUAGCGAGCCGAGAAGGCAACGACAGGCUCAUCAGAAUUCUGAUCGACCACGGAGCAGACACGGAUGUCUCUACUUACGAUAACGCUCAAACACCACUGUUUCACUUCCUCGACAAUCCGCUGAAUAGAAGCAAAACAGCUACGCUUCACAUGCUGCUGAAGGAAACCUGCUGCAUCCAGGCGUUCGACCGGAACGGUGGACUUCCAGCGUUGUUAGAAGAGGAAUGGAGUUGCUGGCGAGAUCGGCUACUAGAAGCCUCCAGACACCCUGCAGAUCUCAAGAGGAUCUGUUUGCAUGCGAUACGGAGAGUACUGAGGAUGAAGAGACGUGGACUAGAUACGCUGGUUCAGGAUAACGUGUUGAGAUUACCUCCAUCUAUAAGUGCGGGAAUAUUCAACCCAGAAUGCGUUAGACACUGCCCUCUUCAUGACCAUAUUGAUUAAUUGAUUGGUUACCCAGAUAGAUGUGGUCGAGUUUCUGCUCUUGAAUUUGGAAUUCUAAAACUCAUGGAAACCAUGGCGAUCUUAUAUACAUGUACUAAUGACUAUCUUCACCGAGCGGUUCAA